ACUUCUGCAGCCAUCACAUUUUCAGUGAUGCUGGUAGGCAGAGCCAGCCACGCGCAUUCAUUCAACAACGCCAUCUUUCGUGUCCUCACCACCACAUUUCCAGUGGAAUGCCAAAGAGAAAAGGGAGCAAGCACAUGGAGAGUGUCCAAGGAGAAUUGGAAUCGAGGUAGCUGCGGUAGGCUAGGGCACUGGGCCUGGAGUCCAAGGCCGGCCAAAAACCCUCUUUUCCCCUGUUCAUCUCCAUCCUCCCAGUUCUCACUUCUCAGGGCCGGAGAAGCACAAUGGAGCGGCUCGCCGGAGCCGCCGUCGCCUCCUGCAUGAUCUUGCUCCUCCUGCUCGUCCCCUGCGCCCAGUUCCAGGGGCAACCACCCGAGGCGCCGGAGGAGGCUUGGGCCGAGGGGCAACCACCGGAGGCGUUGGAGGACGCUUUGACGAUGCUCUUGUCCGAGGGCGGGUGCGGCGCCUUCGCCGCCCUCGUCGCCAGGACGGCCGGCGUGGGCGACACGUUCCGCGAGCAGAUCGGCAGCGACCUGGGGCUCACCAUUCUCUGCCCUGACGACGAGGCGGUGGGGGCGUUCGUCCCGAGGUUCCAUAGCCUCACUGUCGACGAGCAGGCCGGGCUCCUCCUGUACCACGGGCUGAGGAUGGCUUACUCCGAGGAGCUGCACAGCCGGGUCUACUGGUUGUGGGAGGUGUUGACGCUUGAUGGGGAGCAGACACUCAUCAUCAAUCACUACAGAGGCAGGGCGAUACUUUCUCCGUGGCCGCCGUCGUCACAGAACGAGGCCAGGAUCACCAAGACUGUCGUCGAUGACGACCAUCUUGCCGUCUACCUCAUCGACGCCGUGCUGAUUCCGACAGAGUCGAAGAAGCCUGACUUCUUCUGGGACUUUUUGGGACCUUUCCUGCUUGUUAUCGCUGGGCUCCUGGCGCUAUUCUUGCUGUGGCAUGCGCUUGUAUAUCUUUGUUCUCUUGUGUGCCGGCUCAGAAGAUGGUGCAAGGAUCGCGCUACUGCCUAUGUUUCGGCCGCCCGUGUCAAUCCACAUGGGCAACAAGAACAUUAGUCUGUGGCCGCUGAACAGUGCCUCGCCUCCCCUCGUAUUCCCUCGUAUGCUCUGUAGUCGUCGUAUAGUUUCAACGAUCAGGUCGCUGACUUGUGUAUAUAGUGUUUGCUCACUUUUGAAUCUAGGCUUCGUUUGGUUUAACAAAAUGUCGCUGACUAUGAAUUCGAUAUGCAGUAGUGUUAUUUUUCGAGGCAACUUCUACUGCAAGCAUCCGUCCAUGGGGGCUGGAUUAGCAUUUCUUUUAUUGCAAUAUUGAGCUAUUAUAAACAAAAUGUAGCAUGCAUGCUAGAU